GAAAUCCGGAAAAAAUUUAUGUCGAUUCUGAACAAGAUAUCACCGGAAAACAUGACUCAGUUGGCAGAGAGCAUUACGACACUGCCAUUAGAUACUGACGAACAGCUAAAGACCGUCAUUGAUCUGUUGUUUCAAAAGGCGAUCGUUGAACCCAAUUUCACCCCUCAGUACGCGUACAUUUGUACUGCAUUGGAGGACAAAAAGGUGAAAUCGGAAAAAAAAGCGGCGAAAACGUCCUUUAAAAAGUUAUUAACAAAGUGUUGUAAGGACAGAUUCGAAAUAAUGCACGUCCACGAACAGAAUAUGGUAAAAAGCCUCGAGGAGAUAAGCCGAUGCAAUGAUCAAGAAGUCAAAAACCAACUGCAGUCUGCUUACGACCAGGACGAAUUGGUCCACAGAAAAAAGUCUGUAGGAAAUUGCCGGUUCAUGUGCGAACUAUUCAAAGUGAAAAUACUUUCGAACGGCACACUGGAAGCGUGUAUUGAUCACCUCCUGAAAUCGCCGAAUGAAGAAUCAUUGGAAUGCGCCUGUAACAUAUUAAAGCACGCAGGGAGCACAUUAAACACUAAAGUUGUGUUCGGAAAAUUAAAAGAAUAUACAUCUUCAGAGUAUAAAACUAAGAUUUCUACCAGAAUAAGGUUUAUGAUAUUAGACAUCAUAGAAUUAAAAGAUAACAAUUGGGUACCGCGGAAUGCUCGUACCAAACCGGCAAUAUGCACCAACAAAGUGCUUACAAACGUAAAAAAACCCGAAUACAAGCCAUCCACGUAUGUCCAAUACAAACCUGCAGAGUUGCCAAUGAGAUUCGCUCAUCAGUCAAAUUACGCGUUAAAAGUAAAACCGCCAAACGAAACUCAAAAGGACGAUGAACGCAAACAUAACGAUUUGACAAAAGGCGCAAAUAUAAGCGGUUUUAAUAAUUCAUCAUCAAUAGUGAGGGUUAGUGAAGCGGUAAGGGGCGAAAACACAUCAGUAUUGCCAUUUAUAAGAUCUGAGACCAGUAACGCAGAUAGUUACCAAAAAUUGAAAAACGAAAAUACUGGAGUACAAGCGGUCCGGGAAGAAUUUCGAACCAUUCUCGACAACAUUACAACAGAAAAUAUGAUUUCAUCAGCGAAAAGUAUUACUUUAUUGCCGAUUAAAACGAAUGAUUGCCUAAUAAGUGUUGUUGAAGAUUUGUUUCAUAAGGCUCUAGACAAACCAGAAUUGAUACCGCAAUACGUUCACAUUUGUUCGGCUAUGAAAAACAAGGAGAUUCAGUCGGAAGACUCCAAGAAAACUAUUUCGUUUAGGAAACUUUUAAUAAACAUGUGCCAAGAGACGUUCGAGUCGAUGUACAACCGAAAACGUAUUUUGACCAAAGAACGGAUUGAAAUUGAAUCUUGCAAAAAACAAAAAAACUAGGCAUGAACUGCA